AUGAUAAAAAAGGAGGUAAAAAACCACUACGCAAAUUCUAGCUGGGCCAAUGAAGAUAACAACUUUUAUUGCCUAAGUGGAAAGGUGAUUGGCCUGGAUGAGGCCUGUAAUGGCAUUGACAAUUGUAAUGACAAUUCAGAUGAACGAUAUGAAGUCUGCGCUAGGAAUAACUGUGAGGAUAAAUUUCGCUGCAAUUACGGAGGAUGCAUUGACAUACAGAAACGUUGUGAUGGAUCUCCGGAUUGUUGGGAUGAAAGUGAUGAAAAUAAAUAUGAGUGCGCAUCAAGUGAUGAGAUAGCUGGAUUGUACGAUGCUCUCAAGGGAAACUGCACAGGAGAAUUCGACUUCGAGUGUAGGAUAGGAAAUACACUUGGAUGCGUUCCAAUGAGUAAGGUCUGCAAUGGUAUCUUGGACUGUAAUGAUGGUAAAGACGAGGAUGUGGAAAUCUGCAGUGCUGUUCCAUGUAUGAAUGAAGCCUAUCGAUGCUCCACUGGAGGAUGCAUUAGAUCGGAUAAAGUGUGCGAUCAUAUACCUGAUUGUGGUGAUGGAUCGGAUGAAAUGGACGAUGUGUGCCUGGAAAAGAAAUUCUGGCAUAAACCAAUAACCGAGGAAGAGAAAAAGCCUAGACCUACUUCACCCGACCUAACAGAAACUGACCCUGGCUCUGAAACAGAAGAAACAGAAAUAGUAGUAGCCGAGAAAUCCAAAUGGCUAAGGUCUUUCUGUAAAAUUGAAGACGAUUCCGGUGCUUUAAUUGCGGAGGAUUACUUUACAUCGAACACUUACAAAACUGGCGCCGCUGUGGGCAAGAAUGGAGUAGUCCAUGUUAGAUGUAAGAGCGGCUACCAAUUAAUUGGCGAAGAGUUUAAAUUGUGUAAUGGAACACAUUGGAAUACUUACUGGCCAAGUUGUCAGCGAGUUUGCAAGCUGGAAAAUAAGCUGAAUCUUCAGCGGGAAUGUAAAACUGCUGAUGAAUUGAUCGACUGUGAGGCCUCGCCAAUUAUUCUAAAAGACACAGAAAUGAAGGUUAGUUGCGCUUCCGGUUAUGAGAGUGCAAAUGGACACACUUCUGCUAAUUUCCGUUGUGAAUCGGAUGGCAAAUGGAAAGGGAAUUCUAGUUUACCAAAUUGUAUACCCAAAUGUGGCAUUUUUUGGGAUGCUAAUGAAUCAACAUUUCCUUGGGUAGGAAGUCUCUUUCAGCGUGGAAAGUAUCCACAGUUUAAGUACAUGUCCUCGGUCACCAUUCUCUCACCGUAUGUGGUAAUAACUAACGCCCAUGUCUUCGAAGAGUCUUCAAUACCCGAAGUAAACUCUACGGAACCGCUGCUCUAUGCCAUUGCGGAGGGUAAUCAUACAAAGGAAUUUUCACCCCAAGAUGAGCAUGGAUAUGUUCUACAUAACAUCUCUCAAAUACAUAUUGCUUCUGUCACCAUAAAAGAUGCAGUUUACAAACUUGCCAUAUUAACUGUAGUUCAACCUUUCAUAUUUGGACCCAAUUUGCGACCCAUCUGCCUUGACUUUGGAGUUGCUUACUGGAAUGCCAAUAAUCCCAAUGAUUGGAGUGCUGUGGGAGAAAUUAUAUGGGAACCUCGAAAUCAACGAUACUAUCUAACCGGUUAUGUGGCUACUCUUGAUAAGGAAUUUCAUAUAAAGAUAUUUAAAAACGAGCUCAUCCCGUUCAUUAAUCUCAAAGAGCAAAACGUUUAAUUAACUUUAUUAUGCAAUGAGUUUUUCU